AUGUCCUUGAGCUCCGAAGAGAUGGAUUUGUUGGGUGAUGUUGCGGGUCUUGUGGAUGAUUCGAAUAAAACCUCGUCGGGAUCUUCUUCUAUGGCAUUAGACAAUAAUGAACCCUCCUUGAAAGAGAAAAAGUUAGUCUACAAGGAUAUGAAUGCUCAAGGCAUGAAAUCCAUCUUUGAUCGCGAGGAAUAUUCUGAUUUCAGAAUUGUGCUGAAACAAACUGGAAGGACGCUUCAUGUUUACAAGGGAAUAUUGGCUGCCAGAAGUGAGUUCUUCAAAGCUCUUGUUGAAGCAGGGUUCUCCGAGAAGGAUAACAACCAACUUGAAGUUGAUGAUGAAAGUGAAGAAAAGGCGUUAGUUCCAUUGUUAGAGUUCUGCUAUACGGGAGAGAUCACAGUGCCCGAAAGCGAGGUUCUUGCAUACUAUUUCAUUGCCGAUAAAUAUCAAGUGGUAUCGCUCCGAUCAAAAUGUGCAGACUUUCUGGUGGGUGGUUUGAGGAGUGAAAAUGCGUUGGAAAAUUUCAUCGAGUACUAUUCCAAGUUUGAAAGAAAUGGUGGUAUUGCUGAUGAUUUAACCGAAAAGAUGAUCAAAAGAAGUGUAUUAUUUAUCUUGAAGACGUUCUCAGGACUUUGUAAGAAUUUGGAAAAACGAAAAAUUCUAUUGUCCAUGGAUUAUGAAAUGUUGAUGAGAUGGUUACGACCAUCCGCAGAAGGAAAGGAGUUCAAAGGCAUUAAUUGCGAACCAUCAACAUUUUUGAGAUUUGUUUUAGAAUGGACCACACAAGAUAUUGCAACAAGAUCUCAGUAUCUUGCCGAGUUGGUAUCUUUGGAGAAAAAACUUGAAUAUGGAUCCGUUCUUAUGCUCAGUGAUGAUGGUGGAGAGUUGCUUUCAAUUUAUGGUGAACCAGAGUUUAUUUAUGAGAAGAGUGCCACCGAGGUUGUUGGUUCGAAAAUUACAAAGAAGACCUCCAACUAUUCCAGUAUCUAUGUCAAUACCAUGUUAGGAAAUGCUGGUUCAACUGCCAUCAUCAGAUGGAAGGUAAAGAUUAUUACACUCAACUCAUGGAUUGGAAUGGGUGUUGCUAUGAAAGAGGUUGUUGAAAAGAAAAAACUUACCUUCUCGCCAUAUGAUAAGCACGGAACAUACAUGCUUUCACAUAACGGAUAUAUUUGGAAUCAAUUCAUGAAGGGAAGCACAAAAUAUGAAUCGGUGGGUUGUAGUUAUGGUGUUGGCGAUACUGUCAUCAUUGAAUUACUCUGUGCCAAGAAAGAAUUGAAUUUUUACAAGAAUGAUACUACCAACAAGUUGGCUACCUUUACAAAUGUUAAAUUACCAGUUUAUCCAAGCUUUAUGCUCUGUGGAACAGAGAGUGUUGAAUUUGCAUGGGAUCUUGAAGAAUCUGAAAUUUAA